AUGGCAGAAGAAUGCAAAAAUGCAGUUAGCAAAGACCGCACAACGGGAGGCGUCACGCAAGCGACGCGGAGCCGUAGGCGGAGAAACAGGGCUCGAGUAAAGCUGCUCCUAGCAGGGAAGAUGGAAGAGGCCACUAUUCAGAACAUCCAAUUCGUGCGACAACAACGGGAUGCACUUCACCGUCGGUUUCAGAAAGCCAAGGAGGCAAAGUCCCGUCGACGGCAAAGCCGCCUGGCAAUGCACGAAGGAGCGUCAGCACUGCGGCUUGGAACCGAAGAUGCGGACACCGGCUCAGAGGACCAGUGGGAGGUUGACUCCGCCGCGACUGUCACUGAAGAAGGCGAAAGGGGAGAGUUGGAGGAAGGAGCGUCUGGCCCUUCUGAACCCGAUCGAGAUGACGUAUCCAGCGCCACAGAUCCUUCCUCCAGCAUCUCUGUGACAUCCGAAGAAGAAGACCCUGCUGCAAAUCCUUCGCCUUCUCAUCCUACAGCGCCGCGAAUCCCGAAAACAGCUGCAGAGUUGGAUGAAGUUGAACGGGACGGAUUUCUGAAGUGGAGACGGAUGCUAGCGAAUAUGGAAGAGGAAGGCGUCGUCUUAACUCCCUACGAAAGGAACAUCGAGGUGUGGAGACAGCUGUGGCGUGUCAUUGAACGUUCAGAUUUGGUCCUGCAAAUCGUUGAUGGAAGAUCUCCAAUGUUCUUCCGCUGCAAAGACCUCGAAAAGUAUAUCAAGGAAGUCUCUGCUAACAAACGUGUAUGUCUUAUUUGUGCGUGUAUAUGCAACAAGCACUCGCAUAGAUCGACUCUGAACUCAGCAUUCAGCAUCGGCUACCCAAUGGUCACGACGCUGAGACAGUGGUGCUAA